GGAGACUGAAAACGAGAGGGCGUCACAGCAGUAUCAGUUUUUACGUUUUAAAGCAAGGAGACCAGAGAUAGAAGGGAGAUUGGUUGUGAAAAGCUGUAAAUACACUCUAUUUCUUUCGGAUUUUUUAAAGGAUUUAUUUCAUGGAUUUAUACUAGGAUAUGGAUCCGUCAAUUUUCGUUCCUAGAAACGGGGAAACUAUAUCCCCAACAGAACUGAAGAAGUUACGAGAUGCGAUUGAAGAUUGGAAUUCUAGCCGCUUGGACUUAUUUGAAAUAAGCAAGCCGACUGAGAAUGGAGAAUUCCAUGGUGUCAUGCGCUUCUUCUUCCAAGAGGCAGGUGCCAAGGUUGCAACAAAAUGCAUCCGAGUUUCCAGUACUGCGACAACAAAGGAAGUAAACAACGCCCUAAUCGAAAAAUUCCACCCAGAUAUGCGAAUGCUCUCGUCACCUAAAUAUGGACUAUAUGAAAUACAUGCAGCUGGAGAUGAACGUAAGCUUGGAGAAAAUGAGAACCCAUUGCUGGUGCAACUUCACUGGACAGAAAGUGACAGAGAAGGACGAUUUCUACUCAAGGUGGAAAAUGGCAAAGACGGUGCCUUUGAUAAUGGAGCAAACCGCAAUUCAAAACGACGUCUGUCCCGACGAGAAAAAAAAGAGCUGAAGAAGAAGGAGAAAGAAGCAAAAAAGAAACAGGGCAAGUCGCCCGGGGGAAGUAUUGACGAUCUGCAGCUCAGCACGGCUGAGCAGCAUUACAAAGAAAAGCCGGAUUCGUUGUUUACACGUAGCAUCUCAAACCCGGAAGCUGUUUUGAAGCGCCGGCGAGAGCUGAAGUUGGAAAAGAAACUGGAUAAAAUACGGCAACGGCCAAAUUCAGGUGGUGUUCUCAAGGUAUAUGCUCACACCAUUGUGCCGCAGGUUCCAUACAAAUCCCUGCUCGUGUCUGUAGACCAGACAGCAGAAAAUAUAAUAGCUGAGGCUCUAGAGAAAUAUGGUCUACAAAAGCAUAACCCUGCUAAUUACUGCCUCGUCAAGGUAACGGUUCCCCCAGGAGCAAGCCCAAGUGAAUAUGCAGACAAGGGAGAAUGGGGUAAAGAAACUGUAAUGAAGCCAGAUGAGAGCCCUCUAGAAGCAGUGAUAAAGCAACCACCAGAUCAAGGAGAGUUAAGGUUUGAACUGAAGAAUCGGCAGGACGAUCAUCCAAUUGCAAAAAAGAUGGUAGAUAACGAUAACUAUGUGGGUCGAUCAUCUAUACCACAAGACAGGCUGCCAUACUUCUUGGAGCUUAAUCCAGAUGGCACAGACGUUAUUGAUUAUAAGCCCAAGAGACAUCGUCUUCAAAUGGACGUAACUGAAGUCGGAAGUGCACGUGCCGUCCCGUCAACUGGGAACUACCUACAGUUAUGUUCGCAGCAUAUUCUUUCUCGUCAUUGUGUCAUCGCAAACAUGGAGGGCGUCAUCACAGUCACGCCAACUAGCCGCGAUGCAGAGACGUACGUUAACAGGCAACGGAUAUUUGAGACAACAAUAAUCCAACACGGAGCAGUAAUCCAAUUUGGCAAGAUGCAUACCUUCAGAUUUUGUGAUCCACAGCGUGAAGAACCUGAUAUGUCUAAUGCGUAUGCUCCAAGAUCCCCUACCAGACCAGUGGAGACGACCUUUGACGUGGAUGGCAAUAUUGAGACAACCAGACAGCAACAGGGCAGAGGUCAGCCUGAUGUGAACUCACCGGUGCCAAUCCCACGACAGGUUGAUGAUGGUUUGCCUGCUAUCCUGGAGUUCAGGGAAAAUGCGGAGAACGAUUUCCUUGAAGCACUUAUUGCUGAAGUAAAUGCUGCAGCCAUGCCAUUUAAACUCAGCCCAACUUACAGUGUGUAUAUGGCAUUGCGCUACCGGCUUUCAAGGCUUUACAGACCAGAAAUGGGUCCCACAGAGCGUGCUCAGAAACUAACAGCACUUUUGAACAAAAUGGCAGAUCUUGUUGAGAGAACUGUACAGGAUAGUUACAAUAAUGCUGGCGCACUGGCUUUUUGGUUGGCUAAUGCCUCUGAGCUUCUUCACUUCAUCAAACAUGACAAAGACAUGGGAGGGCUAUCCCAGGAUGCACAGGAUAUCCUGUCCGGUGCAGUGCAGGAAUCCUUUAAACUACUUGUCAAGUGUCUGCACGGCGAACUUAACGCAGUCAUGAAUGCGUUCUUAGAUCCAAGUGACGAAGCAGAUGUCGAGAGAGAUAUGUCAACAGAUGAUGAUCUUCGUAGCACGGAUAGCUGGGGAAGGAGUGCUCAUCGGUUCAACCAAGGAAGGGGAAACUAUGGACCUAGACCAACCUUGGGAGAUGUGGUUCAGACUCUGUCUUCUGCGAUGACAUUGAUACGUCGCUGUCGCGUAAAUGCUGCCCUCACCAUUCAGUUCUUCUCUCAGUUAUUCCACUAUAUAAACAUGUGGUUGUUCAAUGCUAUGGUUAUGGAAACUCAGUUGCGUUUGUGCACGAGGGAUUGGGGCAUGCGGAUCAGACGGCGUCUGGGUAGAAUUGAGGCCUGGGCCGAGAAACAGGGUCUAGAACUGGCGGCAGAAUGCCAUCUAAGCAGGGUUAUACAAGCUUCCAAUCUUCUGCAGUCACCUAAGAGUACAGACGAUGACCUAGCUGCCAUCAGUUCCAAAUGCUUCAAACUAAACUCCCUCCAGUUACAGGCCCUGCUCCAGAACUACAUCCCCAGUUACGGAGAAAGAAAGAUGUCGCAGGAUCUCAUCGAGAGGGUUGUCCGUGUUGCAGUGAACACGGCAGAUGACCUCAGCAGAAAUGAUGGACGUCCAGUCCAGCUGAAUGAGGAUCCUGAUCCAAUGCUGCCAUUCCUGCUGCCGGAGGAUGGCUAUUCAUGUGACAUCAUACGUGGGAUUCCCAAUGGAUUGCAGGAAGAACUGGCUCCUCUCUGCAAGGGUGGCCUGUGCCGCUUGACACCACAGCAUUCUAGUACAGGAGACUGGACCAUUCACCUGAGGAGGAGUGGAUCACCAGGGGGAGAGUACACCAAUCAUGGAUCCAUUUUCCGAUUUAAUAUCCUAAGCCAGAACGGUCCAAACCAAGCAAGAAUGCCACGUGAAGAGCCGGAUGUGAUCACAAUAACCUUCCACAAACACAACACACCAAGUAUGGGAUUAAGCAUCGUGGCAGCUAAGGGAACCCACCAAGCUAAAUCUGGAAUUUACAUAAAGUCUGUGGUGCCAGGAGGAGCAGCGCAAAAGGAUGGUCGCUUGGAAGCAGGUGACCAGUUGUUGAAAGUGGACGGCAACAACUUGUGUGGCCUAACACAAGAAAAAGCUGCACUGUUUCUUGUGAAGACUGGAAAGACUGUGACAUUACAAGUUGCAAAGAAGGCUGCGGAGUAUCAUGACCUUUCAACUCUGCUCAGUCAACCGUCUCCUGUUAUGCCAAGAGCACAUAAAGGAGAGCGGCAGCCAAGACCAAAGAGUGAAGAUUUCUUGCGUGCAGGCCAUCAACACUCUCCAAACCAACCAUGGGAUGACGACCGACCGCACGACACAAACAGCAUGCCACGACACCACGCUUCAAACUUCAUCAAUGCGGCCAACAAGGCCCGUUCAUCACCUAACCUAGCCGAAGACCCAAGAACGGCUCCACCGCAACAGCGACAUAAUGAAAUGCGCCCUCGCGAGAAUGAACCCUACAGACGACAAUAUACAGCCAACACGAUUGAAAGAACAACGCGUGGUUCUUCUCCCGCUAGUACCUUGGAUAAAGCCAACAAAGCUCGUUCUUCGCCUAAUCUAUUGGUGGAGCAAGAUUCUUUCCCAUCUAAUCCAAGCAUUUAUGCGUCUAUCAACAAAGAUAAUAGACCACGAAUCAUUUCUACCUCCAGUCUUCGACCCCAAGAUCAGAGAAUGAAUAGUCUACAACGUGAUGCACCGCGUUCUCAGUCUGUAUCCCAGCUUCCUCCUGGUGAAAAUUACAUGGCAAGACCAGGUGGAUCGAUGAGCAACUUACAAAGACCACCACAGCAGCGCUAUCCACAAAAUCCCAAUUACGCAGAUAUACAAGUACAAGGUCAACGGCCUAUGGAUCCACGUAUGCAGAGGCAGGAUUACUACCGCCAUCCAGAUGAUCGACGACCACCCGGUCAGGAUUACUAUGGACAGGAACCACAGAGAAUGCCUUCCCAUUCACCGCAACCAGGGGAAUAUAUUCCGGGACCAGGUGGUCGUUACCCAAGCCAACAGGAUCUACGUGGGCAGCAAGACCCCAGGUAUCAGCCAGGUGGUUACCUUGGAAGCUACUUAUCACAGCAACAGCCUUAUCAGUUAGGCCUUCAGCAGAAUCCUCUUCAUUAUGCAUCAGACCAUCGGCUUAACAAACCAAAAGAUGACUAUUGGGCUGCUGGACAAUCACCAGAUCAUGCCAGCAAUUAUAAGCAAGUACCAUCUCAACAGAUGGAAGAGGAUAAGAAAAAAGCAGCCAUGGAACGAUACCGACAACGUGUGGCCAAACAGCAGCUUGAACAACAGCGAGGAAGACAGACACGACCUAUCGAAGCAAAGCGUCUUACAGAAGCUGCCGGGCCUCGUCAGCCAGGCCGGGCUCCAGGCCACAAAAAUGCGUAUGCACAGAGGGAAAUUCCUCCUUCAGAUACUGACCGCCAACAGCACACAUCCGCACCAAAGAACCCCAAUAAGAUCCAGGCACCAGUUAGAACUACACCUUUACAGAGUAAACCAGGUAAUACUAACUCUCUGCCAAGAACUCAAAAACCAUCAGCCACAAACAAUAAAGGAGGGUACAAUUCAGCUAUCCAAGAAUUGAAGGAAAAGCAGUCUUACGGUAAUCAGUCAUGGAAAGUAGAGGAUGAGGGUGAUCGAGAAAAACGUUAUGAAGAGGAACUUGAAAGAAUGCGGUAUGCAGAGAUUCAGGACCUCUCACAGAUGCAGUACAGAUCUCCAGAGCAGAAUGAUCGGUUAGAAAAGUUGAUGCUGGAGCAUGACUUCCAAAUGAGACUCAAGAGCUCAAUGCAAGAUUACUCCGAUGAUGAUGAGAUUCCUCCAAUGCCUAGAGAUGAAGCUGAACAAGAGCGCCGCCUGCAAGAUCUUCAGAAAGAACGGAUGAAAGAGCAACAGAUCGAAGAGAUGCACCGUGAGAAACAACAAAGAGAGGAAGAAAACCGUCGUUUGGAAGAACAAAGGAUGCACCAGCAGAGAAUUGAAGAACAGAGAUUAGAACAGCAAAGAUUGGAACAACACAGGAUGGAACAGCAGAGAAUGGAACAGCAGAGAAUGGAACAGCAGAGGAUGGAACAGCAGAGGAUGGAACAACAGAGGAUGGAACAACAGAGGAUGGAACAACAGAGGAUGGAACAGCAGAGAUUGGAAGAAGAGAAACGGCAAGAGGAUGCCAGGGUAGAACAGAUGUUGAGGCAACAGGAAGAAGAGAUGAGACAAAGGCAUGAGCGACAACGACAAGAGCAAGCCCGGCGUGAAGCUGAAAUUGAGAGAGAACGUCAACGACUAGAGAAGCAGAUGGCUUUCAAAGAUGAACCUGCAGAACGAGCAACUGAACCGUAUCAACCAAAACCAUACACACCAAAACCAGUUGAUCCUGAUGUCCUUGGGUACAUGCCGAACCUAACAAGAGCUGACCUUUCUUCUGAUAAUUACCAACAGAAUGGAAACCCUGAUCCUGUCCCCCAUGUACCCCUUGCAAUACCAAAACCAGCUACUAAACCCAAGCCUCCAGUUAAAGCAAAACCAACCAUUACCAAUGAUAAUAAUUCAAACCACAACCACAAUGGUGGUGAUGAGUUUGGAACACCUCAGAAUUCGCAAAAUCUUAACACUUUCAAGGUUGGCGACACCCCAACAGUAAUUGGCUCCCAGGAAGUCUACAAAGAUCCUCGUGCCAAGAUCCUUGCGGCAAAAGAUCCAGGUUCACCCAAGCCUGAAGAGCCUCAGAAAUUAUCUUUCCAACAAAAAAUGGUGAUGUUCCGUAAGGAAGCUGGUGAGAGGAGGACACCCAAGGAAAGACCUCGUUCAUCCAAAUGGGAAAGAGAAUUCCUUGCUGAAAACCCUGGCCUAAGUGAAGGUGAUUAAUGUACGGCAAUCACCAUGAUUAUCAUAUACAACAGCAGCAACUCAGUUGGAAACCUUCAAUUGGUCAUUUUGGAAUUAUAAUUAUUAGAACAUAUAGUUGUGAAAAUUCCUCAAAUAAUUUCCAAUUUUUUUUUUCUUGAAAAUUAUUAUUGUUGAUGCUAAAGCAUUAUAAUACCCAAGUAUAUUCUCAACCAAGAAUUUGCAACCAAGUUGCAACUUGAAUCGUGUAUAAGCCUACUAAUGAAGGAACGGUGGUAGUCCGUGUUUUAUAACAAUUGAAGUGCCUUGUAUAAAAAAAAUAGCCCUAUAGGUCAGUUUCUAACGCUAUAUACAGUAUACAGUCCCUAUAGCGCUUGUAAAAAUGCGUUAUCAGCCUUUGGCACCAUCCAAUCUUAACCCUCUUAUGAUUACUGCUUCUAUGUAGAUAAUAAUAAUAUUAAUAAUAAUAAUAAUAGAGCAAUUUUGUAUAAAAGAGUAUAACCCAGCUCAGAUAUUUUUGACUCAUUAUGCAUAUGUAAUUUUUGUUAAUUACUUGUAUACUCUUUGGAUUUUGGUGAUGGAGUACUGUAGUUCAUUCAUUAUAGUAUUACAUUGAACAUUAGUUUAUGGAAGAGCAAGAAAUUGUGUUUUAUAUAAAUAUUAAUAAUUGAGUGAUCAUUAAUUAAUUAUUGAUAUCAAUUCUGUAAUAUUGAUAUCUGUAAUUAAUAUUUUUUAAUAAUUACUGAAAACAAUUGUAUGUUAUUGAUAACAGUAGAUAUAAUUAUGGUAUUGAUUAUUUUGCAUAGGUUCCACAUUUGGCUUGUUUUUAAUAAUUAUUUACAUAAUUGUAUGUUGUCAGAUGUGUUAAUUAUUUUUUGCUUGGAAUUCUAGUACAUUUUCUUUUAUAAUUUGAUCUUUGGAUGUUGACAAAAAUGUUUGUUGGUGCUUGUCAUCAGUUGAAAGCAAAAACCAAAACCAGAACAUUUUCACAUUCUUAAUUACUGUAUUUAUUUUCAUGUAUAAUAAACGUUUACUAUGCCAACACAUUAUCACUGUAAUUUUGUAGAUUUUAAACUUAAGAUUUGUACAAUAACAUUGCACUUUGGUUUUCUAUUGCUUUAUUAAACCAAGCUCCUUGAUUGAACUUGGGAUGAAUUUUAACUUGUUAAUCUCAAUCAAAGAUAGCGUUCUCCGCGAUUUACGCGUGCAAUUUCAGUAAUAACGCAUGAACGGCGCCCUCUUGCAGAAUUGAAAACUUUUGAACCUUGACCGCUCUGACCAUAGCGUACGCCGCGCGACUUUACGUUUACGCGUAACAAUUAGAAGCGUCCGAUUUACAAUGCGCCUUCUCUUUAUAACAUAAGGAACAAAUUAACGUACUUCGUAACGAACUUUGGCGUAACGCGAACACCCUAUUUCAGAUCCAUGGCAAUGACUAGGACGCCCUCUCCCAAAACUGAUUACUUUUCUGCGCCAAAUCGACGCUUCUAUUUGUUAUGCGUAAAAUCGCGGAGAACGCCAUCUUGUGUUUAUAAGAACUUUGAUCUCAAAUGAUCCAUUACAGUAGAUUACUUGCACAUAAACAAUAAUGAUUUAUAAUAUUGCGAUGGUUAAUGACAAACACAAAUGUAUAUGCCAGCAGUUUGUAUAAUUUUGAGGUGUACAUAAGUAUAUAUUACACUAUGUUAUAGAAAUAUUUACCAGUGACUGUUGAGUGUGUGUGCGUCGUGAUAGAAACAUAUACGACUGUUGGAUUCCUGCUAGGUUAAAUACAUCAUCUGAUGGUUAUUAUCAGUGUGAGUAAAUUUUCAGAAUCAAAAUCUGUUUCAAUUGAUUUUAAUAUGAAUGGAAUGCUAGCUUAAGUGCUAAUCAGAUCAAUAAAAAGUCUCUACAGGAUUUGUCAGCUAUUAAUUAACCAAUCAAAAUGUGGCUAAUUAGUGAGAAUUAUUUUAAUGCAUAUGUGACUAAAAUGAAGUUAAUUCAUUUGGGAAUUAUCUUGAUAGUUGUAAUCUUAUUUAAAGGGUUAUUUUGUUAAAUAAAAAUAUCUUUUCUCUGUAUGAAUUUUGUAAUGAACAAAACAAAAUAAAUCACUACAUGUAGAAGAAAAAAUAAAAUUCAUGAUUGUUUUGAAAUUAAAAUAUCUAAAAUCACGUUACCUAUGAAAGUUCAAAGUUCAAGUUUGAGAGACAAAUCACUGUAAAUUUGUAGAUUGUGCUGUUGCUACCUGGUUUUAAAAUACAGGCACUUUCAAAAAGAAGCCAAGUUUGAAAGCGCAAACAAAACAACCAUGUGUUUACUGGUUGUAUAUUGAAGAUGUUAUCUUUGUUUUGAAAUUCACUUUAAUUUUGACGUUUGCUACAAUGGCCAUUAAUCGUUUUUAAUGAACAUAGCACAUACAGUUUGAACAAGGAAGCUGGAGUUAAUAAAAUUUCUAGUUGUUUUCGUGUUUGGCAUAAUCUUGUUGAUAUAACACAACUAACAGACAUGCAACUAAGUUUAUGUAUUUUAGAAUUUGAUUUAUUACUAUAGCUCAAAGAAACACAUUUUGUAAAUAAAUAUUCAAUAAAAAUUUUAAUAUGCAAA